AUGUGUGGCCUUUGCGGCGUACCAGGCGGCUUUAGGGGUGUGUGUGGUGCCAAUAGUGCACUGGGCAAUGGUCCUCGCAGUAGGCUGGGUGCUGGAAAUGGAGGUCNCGACAUGUGUGGCCUUUGCGGCGUACCAGGCGGCUUUAGGGGUGUGUGUGGUGCCAAUAGUGCACUGGGCAAUGGUCCUCGCAGUAGGCUGGGUGCUGGAAAUGGAGGUCCAAGCGAGGGGAGAACAAACUUAGGCACUGAGACCUUGCCCAAUGAAGAGGUUUGGCGAAGCCAAGGGCGACGCCAUCUAGCCCUCAUGGUGACGUUAUCUGUAGAGGCAACGCCUCAAGUGAAGAAGAGGGAGUCUAGUAAGGCAACCCUAAAGCAGCCAGGGGGUGGCGCUAGCAGAGUGCUGGGCAACGCCAGCGGCAGAGGCACGAGCAAGUUUAGCAGAGCCAAAGGCCUAGGUGUAGCUAGUUUGGCGAUGGGUGGCAAUUCGUGUGGGAUUAGCAAGAAUGGGAAGAAUAGUAGGGGCCAUCUAGGCGAUGUCCUGGGCCUGGUUAGCAACGCCAAUGCAAGAGAAAGAGUAGUCGAUGCCAACUGCAGCUUUAGGGGUGUGUGUGGUGCCAAUAGUGCACUGGGCAAUGGUCCUCGCAGUAGGCUGGGUGCUGGAAAUGGAGGUCCAAGCGAGGGGAGAACAAACUUAGGCACUGAGACCUUGCCCAAUGAAGAGGUUGGAGCUGACAAACCUGGCUGCUGA